GGCAGCGAUCAGAGAAGUUCGCCUCACUGUGUUUCGCUGUACGGUGAUGAUGAUGAUGAAGGUCUUCAUGGUAAUGCGUUUUACACCAUCGACCGAUCAUCGCACAAGGGUUCGUGUUAUAAAAUAAUGACUUUUAUAACUCUACAGGCUCAGCCCUCCGGCAAUACAUUAACUACCGGCGAUGCCAAGGUUUCCGUACCUUUUCUGCUCACCGGGGGCUCACUACGAGAAUACCAACUCGUCGGACUUACUUGGUUGGCAGCUAUAUUCCAAAAGCGUUUGAAUGGCAUUCUGGCCGAUGAAAUGGGUUUGGGAAAAACCAUUCAAACAAUCGCUCUCCUGGCAUAUUUGGCAUGCGAGCACGGAAUUUGGGGACCGCAUCUAAUUGUCGUCCCGACAAGCGUGAUUCUCAAUUGGGAAAUAGAAUUCAAACGUUGGUGUCCCGGCUUCAAAAUACUGACAUAUUUUGGACAUAUCAGAGAAAGACGUGAGCGGCGAAAGGGUUGGACAAAAACAAAUGCUUUUCACGUGUGCAUUACCUCUUAUCGAUUGGCCAUCCAAGAUGCGGCUGUGUUCAAGCGCAAAAAAUGGAAAUAUCUCAUUUUGGACGAGGCACAAAACAUAAAGAAUUUUAAGUCACAGCGUUGGCAAACGUUACUUACGUUCAACAGUCAACGUCGACUUCUUCUCACCGGGACUCCCUUGCAAAAUUCCCUAAUGGAACUGUGGUCUCUUAUGCACUUUCUCAUGCCAAAUAUCUUUCAAUCACAUCGUGAUUUCCAAGAAUGGUUUGCAUCACCACUCACGGGUAUGAUCGAGGGUAACAGCGAAUAUAACGAACAACUUGUCGCACGACUUCACAAAGUUCUCCGCCCUUUUCUUUUGCGACGCCUCAAGGCGGAUGUUGAACGUCAAAUGCCCAAAAAGUUCGAGCAUAUCGUUAUGUGCCGUUUAUCUCGCCGUCAGCGUUUUCUCUACGACGAUUUCAUGUCACUAACGAGUACUCGGGAAACACUCAAAUCUGGUCAAUUCCUCUCAGUGAUGAAUGUAUUGAUGCAACUUCGCAAAGUGUGCAACCAUCCGAAUUUGUUUGAAACCCGUCCGAUAAUUUCUUCGUUUCAUGUAGCAGAUUAUCUGCUGCAGUUGGAUUUACCUCGACUCUUGGUGAAUAUCAGUCAUCCGUUCCUGGUCUUCGCAUCUUCUCCAAAUGCCGUCUCAUCGGGAUUUCACAUUAAUGUUUCAUCAGCUCGAUAUCAAUCCCAAAAGAGUCAACAAGAAGAACGCCUCACUGGUUUCCUGCAGGCGGAAUGUCUCCCUAAAGUUUGCAUUCAGCAAGACCUCUCCGUUCACCGUGAAUCUAAUUCCAAAGGCAGUUUGUUAAAUCAGAUUCCCCUCAGUCCACAAGCCUGGCUAUUGCCCGUACAGUUACAUCGAAUCGCUACGGCCUGUCGCAUCCAAUUUCCUGACCCCCGUCUUAUUCAGUAUGAUUGCGGUAAAUUGCAGCGGCUGGAUCUGUUAUUACGGGAACUAAAAGCCGGGAGUCAUCGCGUCCUUAUUUUCACCCAGAUGGCCCGUAUGUUAGAUAUUCUUGAGCAGUUUCUAGCUUACCACGGUCACCGAUAUUUGCGUUUGGAUGGGGCGACCAAGGUGGAGCAACGUCAAGUACUUAUGGAACGUUUCAAUCAAGAUGCAUCCAUUUUUGUGUUUAUCCUGUCCACACGAUCCGGUGGUUUGGGUGUAAACUUGACCGGAGCAGACACGGUUAUUUUCUAUGACUCUGAUUGGAAUCCGACUAUGGAUGCACAAGCCCAAGAUCGUUGUCAUCGUAUCGGACAAACCCGUGAUGUGCAUAUCUACCGACUGAUCAGUGAGCUGACUGUGGAAGAGAACAUUUUGCGAAAAGCCAACCAGAAGCGUUUUCUCAGUGAUGUUGCCAUUGAGGGCGGUCGCUUUACCACAGCUUUCUUCAAACAAAAUACCAUAGAUGAAUUAUUUGCUGAACCUUCUGGGCUUCAGGUAAGACUGUUAAUCGCUUGUUUAUUCUUUUUUAGGUACGUAAAUAUGGCGCAUUAUCCUGUUAAGCUCCCUCCAUCCGGAGCUCUCUGUUCCAAGCAAUGA